AUGGCGGCCCUAGUCUUCAGCGCGCUGUGCGUCGGCGCGGCGCUCGCCUUCGGGCCCGGCCUGCAGAUCAACGUGCUGUCAAACCUGAGCAUCGACUCCAUGGCCCCGCUCCUAGGCGCCGCCCCGGCUGUCGUCGCGAGCCUGGUUAUCCAGAUCGGCUACGUCGUGUCUCUCAUGGCCUCCUUCCUGCUCUACAUGCACCCCAUGAGGACCAACGUGGCCGAGAUGAUCUGGCCGCCGCCUGACGUCGCGGCGGGCCAGGGCGCGGCGCCGGCGGGCCGCCGGGGGUCGGACGACGAGGGGGGCGGCGGCGCGGGCGUGGAGGCGGGCGCGGCGGCGGCUGGGGUCGGGGCGGGCAGGGCGGCGGAGAUGGAGGCUCGCCACUACCACGUCCUGACGUACUCGCUGCUGGCGGCGGCGACCCUGGCGGCCGUCAGCGUCCCCAACAUUUGGGCGGCGCUGUCGUUCAUCGGCAACAUGUGCGCAAGCGUGGAGGCGUUCAUAGCACCAGGGUGCAUCGCGCUCGCUCUCAACGGAUUCUGGCCGGGCAGCAAAAGCAGCGGCGGCGGCAGCAGCGGCGGCGGCGGCGGCGGCGCCGAGGCGGCGAGGGACACCGAGGCGGCGCCGCUGCUGGAUAGCGCCGCAGGGAGCGGCGCGGUCGGCCGGGCUGGUUCCAGCGGCGGCCGGCGGAGAUCUGGGCCGGGCGGGGCCGCGGCGGCGUGGCGGGCGGCGGCGGUGGCGGGCAACGUGGCGACGGCGGUGGUGGCGAUAGCGCUAGGGUGCGGCCUGAUGGUCAACGGUGUCGCGCAGCAGCUGGUCUCGUGGGGCGCCUUUGGAUGA